AACCCAAAUCUAGGAUUUGGGUUUCUCUCUCAAACUUCACCUUCUUCCUCCUUUACUCCUCGCAUCCCGUGAAGAAAUGGAUACUCUCGUGCUCGAUGACCCAUCAGAUCACGGUGGCAGUAUCAACAGGAACUCCUACUCGAAUUACUGCAGUGCUACUUCUCCACUCUCCGAUACGACUCACCACCCCCUCUUGCCGCCCAUCGUCGUCACGCCGGCUGACUCUGAUCCCCCCCUUGCGCCCCCACCUUACUGCAGCACUAGCGCCAACGAUAGCAACUCCUACAUCGAGCCUCCAUCUUAUGCUGACGUCAUCUUCAGCCCCUUUGACGAGAGUUCCGUCAGCGAAAUCAACGGCGUUGAAACCAACUCUCAGAAUUUCGAUUCGUCAUUGAUGUUUUCUCGUUCCCCGUCUUCCAGUUCCGAUUAUAUUAAAAUUACAGUCUCUAAUCCGCAGAAAGAGUAUGAUAGUACGAAUUCGCUUGUGCCUGGAAGUAAUACUUUCACCACUUAUUUGAUUACAACGAGAACGAACAUUUCGGAUUAUGGAGGAUCAGAAUUCAGUGUGAGGAGGAGGUUUAGAGAUGUCGUAACAUUAGCAGAUCGGUUAGCGGAAGCUUACAGAGGGUUUUUUAUCCCACCAAGACCAGAUAAGAAUGUGGUCAAAUCUCAGGUACAAGGAAAGAUGCCGCUGCCCACUAGCACUGAUGUGGCCUCUCGAAUGCUUGAUGGCACAGUAAAGCUGCCCAAGCAGUUGUUGGGAGAGAGCAAUGUAGUGGUGGCACCGCAAGAGGUGGGAGGGAUUUGUUGAGGCUAUUUAAGGAGUUGAAGCAGUCGGUUGCUAAUGAUUGGGCUGGCUCAAAACCACCUGUGGUUGAGGAAGAUAAAGAAUUUUUGGAGAAGAAAGAAUGGGUUCAUGAUCUUGAGCAGCAACUCAGUAAUGCUUCUCAGCAGGUAAUAUAUGCAUCCUAUUGGUUUUGGAGAGAUAAAUGUUGAUGGUCUUU